UGGUUGCUUUCGCUUCAGCUUGAGCGUCCCUUAAUAAAUCACUCUCAAAUUUCAAUUGCAGGGUCGCGAUUACAGUGUAGCGAGGGGAAUCGAGACUUGGAGGAGCAGCAGCAGCAGCAGCAGCAGCUAUGGCCAUGUCUUCCGCAACAUUCUCUCCGUUGCCGAUCUCAUCCUCAUGGCGAUGCUCCGCCGCUGAGCCGAACAGCAAUGCCACUACCUCCAGCAACGCUACCAUUCCUCGGAAGCUGCCGCAGCUGACAGUGUCUGCGUCGCAGCCAUUGUCGAUUAACAAUGGAGAUGCAUCGGCUAUGUCUGUGCUUCACCCCGGUCUGGAGCAUGUCAAUGUCAUGUACUUUAAGGGCACCUACAAUACUCAGGUUUUUGUCGGAGAGGAUGAGCCGGCUGACUCCGUGGUGAGAAGGUUCAGGAAAGCCGUUAUGGCCACUGGAGUGAUCCCUGAAUGCAGGCGCAGGAGGUACCAUGAGACUCCACAGGAUAUCGUGAAACGCAAGCAGAAAGACUCCCAUCGCAGGAAGGCGAGCAGCCGAAGGUUCAAUGGGCCUCGACCUGAGGGAGGAUUCGGUGAUAGAAAGGAAACUUCUGCCGCUUCAAGUGACGAUGACGACUUCUGGGGUUAUGCCGAAGAGGGAGCAGACACCAAUUUGUAGAAACUCCUUGCAAUUGCAAUUUACCAUGAUUUGGCGCAACCGUGCUUGCCAUUUAUGAAACGAACGAAAUUUCAUUAGAUUCCGCUCGAAAUUUUGGUAGGCCUACAAGUAUUCUAUCGUCGAUUUUAUUCCUGUCUUAAGAAAAUCAUCGAACUUAAUCUCUUGAAUACCUGAUCACCAUGUUCCCAAAUUGGAAGACUUCGUAAAGUCGGUCGUGGUAGACAUUUGCUAUUUUUAGUUCGGUCCUUGGCGAUACUUGUGAUUACUAUAUCAGUCUGCCGUUGUAUCAUUUUCAUGUCGUAAUACCUCCACUGCGUCGUCUACA